AUGUCAUCCUCAUCAAAUUCAAGUGAAAUUGACUCUACAACUUCCUCUGAUAUUAAUAGGCAAAGAGAGUUCGAACAGGCCAUCGAGCAGCUUCAGCUAAUCAUUUCAGUUGUGGCAUUACCUUUCUUUGGAAAAUGGCUUGGUAGAAAGUUCAGCUUCUGGAUCUACUCACGCUUUAAACUAUUCGGCUGGUCUUCGAAUCUUCUGUUUGGUCCAAAGGUUGCAUUAAGCUCAAAACUAAGUUAA